AUGGCCUUGGGAACACGCGCCUUCCUUGGGCGGCCCGGUCUAAGACGAUUGUUAUCCGAGACACACUGGCCGGAUGGUACACCGAAGCGCUUCAGAGGGAAGGACGCCUGGAAGAAUUGGAUCAAUUGGGAUGCGCCUUUCCAGGGCCUUUCAGACGAACUGAAUCGGCAGCGGCGAUUUUUCUGGGAGGUCGAUGAAAAGGGUGCCCUGUGGCGCUUGGAAAUUGACCAGCCGGGGCAGAGAUUUGGGCAGAUGCGCCACGCAAAGGUCGUGGACGACUUCUUCGCGCACCUCCAGCAGAACAGGACAGGGCAUUUCGAAGAUGAGUUCCCCUUCGUCUCCCUGAAGACUCAUGAGAGCUACUACGUUCGCUGGGCGGUGGCGAGGCGCCGCCUGCGUCGCGAGGCGCCUGUGGUCUUCAACGACCUGCAAGAGGAUCAGCUGGUCCAUCUUGUUGCCGGGAGCGGCUUGGUUCCAUCCCUGACGACGCCGUUUGAGGCUUCGGCAUUGAGGCUGUCAAGCGACGGCCGCCUUCUGCACCCGGUGACGACGCUCCGUCGCGUCGAGGAGUCUGCAGGAGGCUCUGUGACACGAGUUCGCGAAAGCUACUUAGCCAGCUUGGACGUGGUCACCUCACAGCGCCUCUUGGAUUGCUGCGAAGAGGCGCCCGACCUCCGCUCCUGA